AUGAGGCUCCUCAACACCACCACCCUCCAAUUGGAGCUCUUCAUCGGCGAGCCGCCAAGAUACGCUGUCCUCUCUCACAGAUGGGACCAAGGCGAAGAAAUCACCUUUGACGACAUGAAGUCCAGCGAAAACAUCCGCCUGCGCCGCGGAUACAAGAAGCUGCAAGUCAGCGCAUUCAUGGCCAGCCAGUACGGAUUCGAAUACAUAUGGAUCGACACCUGCUGCAUCGACAAAUCGAGCAGCGCAGAACUAUCCGAGGCAAUCAACUCCAUGUUCCAAUGGUAUCGCCGUGCAGAAAUGUGUCUCGCGUACCUGGCGGAUACGAGCUCCCUCGAGGACCUCGACAAGAGCGAGUGGUUUCGACGAGGCUGGACGCUUCAGGAACUUGUUGCGCCAAAGAAUGUGCGCUUCUUCAACGACUCGUGGGAAUCUCUGGGCGACAAGUACGAGCUGAAGGGUCUUUUGCAUACCAUCACUGGUAUUUCGGAAGGAGUUCUUCUAGGGACAGUGGGAUUGGAUACCGUUCCUGCGUGCAACAAGAUGGCCUGGGCGGCGGGUAGAGCGACCACACGCCCCGAGGACAUGGCGUAUUGCUUAAUGGGCCUGUUCAACGUCAACAUGCCGCUGUUAUAUGGCGAGGGCGCAGAAAAGGCCUUUGGGCGAUUACAAGAGGAGUUCAUCAGGACGUCAGAUGACGAAAGCAUCUUUGCGUGGACGGCAGAGCCAGCAGAGGUUGAUGCGUCGCCGUACUGGGGCCUUUUGGCGCAUUCACCGCAGUGCUUCAAGCGCUCAAGGCGGUACACGAUCCCGCGCUUCAAGGCGUAUAGGUACGGAAGACCUACGGAGAUUACAAACUACGGGAUACGAACAUCUCUCACGCUCCAGCCCUUGGAGAAGGAUGUCUCGGGCACGCUGUUCAUAGCUGCCCUGAAUUGCUCGUACCACGAAGACGAAGCAGAUGAGUUUAGCAACUCCUUUACAAUCACACUGCAGAAAUUAUCAGAUUUCGAGGAUCAGUACGCGCGAGUUCGUCCCGAUGCGGUUAUACCUGUCGGUGAGCCCUCAGGAACGCACUGGCCGAGGGUAGAUUCGCAAACCGAGUCACAAAUUUCUCAGAUAUUCGUCAGAUUGGCGCCUAGGCUUUCUGAUGCCGUGGCUGGGUUCUGUGUGCCCACUUCGCAGUUCAUGCCGUUUGAGUUUAUGGCCGGUUCGAAUCGGGGACCGGUCGCGAUUCCGGGGCACGUGGAGGCUGUUUGUGCUGGGGAUGCGGAAGAUGUGGAUGGGGGGUUGAAUGCAGGCCAGUUUUGUGUUUUGGAUGUUACGACUGCGGAGGAUAGUGGCGAUAAGACGAGACUUGAUGUCCAGAGUCUGAGGGGAAGACGGAUCGUGGGAUGCGCUAAGAUGGAGUUUGUGGGCAGGUUGGAUGAUCGUCGUCCGCCUGGUGAUAGAAUCAACCCCGUGUCCUCAUACAGGGAUCCGUACCUGGUGGUUGGACUGGAAUCUCUUCCGGAUAACUUUCUCGGAACACCGCCGGGGUAUUUGCGGCCUUGGUAUGCCUUCAGCCAGAGCUGUGGACGGGAUGAUUUGGAGAAGCUACUUUCUCAGGAGACGCUUGUUAUGUCUCAUACUGCGCCGGGUGGUGCCUUUGUACAAGCUCAGUUUAAGACGGUGACGCAUCGAUUUAAAACGUAUUACGAGGUAAAUUUGAUUAACACCAAGUGGAAACAGGCGUCAUGA